AUGGAACUUUCAAGUCAUCAAGAAGGGCAGAUCCCAAUCUCAAUCCCAAUCCCUAUCCCAAUCCCAAUAAACACUUCUUAUGGUGCUGGUGGGCAUGGGCAUGGACACAUGAUCCAUCAUCAUCACCAUCAUGAGCCUGCAGCAUCCCAUUCCCACACCCUCAUCCACAACAGCCACCUCAUUACCUCCUCAGCACCACCAGUAGUUGCACCACCACCACCACAGAAUCAAAUCCCUGCCUCCAUUAACAAUAAUGGAUCCUCCAUUCCCACAGCCACUAGCCCAGAUCAGGAGGAGCAGGAGGAAGAGGAUGAGGAGCAUGUCAAUCAUGUGAAUGUGGCAUACAACCACAACCACAACAACAACAGCAACAAUAACAAGAAAGUGGUGAACAGCAGCAUCAAGUACAAAGAGUGCCUGAAGAACCAUGCAGCAGCCAUGGGAGGGACUGCAACAGAUGGGUGUGGUGAGUUCAUGCCAAGUGGAGAAGAAGGCACCAUUGAAGCUCUCAACUGCUCUGCCUGCAACUGCCACAGAAACUUCCACAGAAAAGAGAUUGAAGGUGAUCAUGGAAUGUCCUCAUGGGAUGUCAACAACAACAGUACUAGGGUGGGUACUGUUGGGAGGAAAGUCCUAUUAGGCCAUCCCAAUGCGCACAAUAACAUGAGCAUACUAGCAGCUGAUGCCUUGGGUUUCCACACAGCUGCGAAUCCCACAGGAGGCUUCUUACCCUCAAGAACUGCACCACAUCAUCCUCACCACCAUCCCCACCAGAUGAUAAUGUCUUACAAUAACAACAUGAGCAUGGGUGGGUUGAUGGGGACCCAUCUCCCUUCAGAAUCUGAUGAGCAAGAACAAGAUCAAAUUCAUCAUCAUGGCCAUGGUGGUGGGGUUAAUGUGGCCAGUAGGGCACCAGUACAGCUUGUGAAGAAAAGGUUCAGGACAAAGUUUACUCAGGAACAGAAGGAGAAAAUGUUCAACUUUGCAGAGAAAGUUGGAUGGAAGAUUCAGAAGCAAGAGGAGUCUGUUGUACAAAACUUCUGCCAUGAGAUUGGUGUCAAGAGAAGAGUUCUCAAGGUUUGGAUGCACAACAAUAAACACAAUCUGGCCAAGAAUAAGUCCCAACCCCCACCUAGUACUACUACUGCAUAAUUACUCGAUCAGAUUAAACCUGGUAGAUAUAUUUAAUUAAUUAAUUACUAUUUAGUUUGCAUGGUGCUUAGUUAGCUUAAUUGAAG